AUGAAUAAUAUGAAUCCUCCAGCUUCGGGGACUUGGCAUUCAAUGUAUCAUAUUUCUGAUCGUCAAAAAGUUGUUCAUAUAUUAACUAAUGCAUUGAAGGAAAUUCAAGGAAAUAAUUAUAACGAACAAAAAGCAUCUUCAAUGGCUACUGAAUUUGAAAAGUAUACGUUUUUGAAAUCCCAAAGUAGAGAUGAAUAUUUAAGAGUUAUCAAACAGAAGAUUAAUCAAUUAAGAUCAAAUGUUAGAACUAAUGGCAUGAAUAAUGGUAUGAAUAUGAAUAAUAAUGUCAAUAAUAAUAUGAAUCCUGGUAAUAAUGUUAAUAUGGGAAUGAAUAAUCUCAAUGGUAAUAUGAAUAAUGGUAUGAACAAUAAUAUGAACAAUAACAUGAACAUGAACAUGAAUAAUAUGAAUAUGAACAAUAAUAUGAAUAAUAUGAAUAAUAAUAUGAAUAGUAAUAUGAACAGUAAUAUGAAUAUGAAUAACAGUAGUAAUAUGAAUAUGAUGAAUAAUAAUUCUAUGAAUAAUAAUAUGAAUAAUAUGGGUAUGAAUAAUAAUAUGAAUAACAACAUGAAUAACAACAUGAAUAACAAUUAUAUGAGAAACCAACCAACAAAUCCUCAAGGUAAUCAACCAAAACCUGUACCAAGGAAUCAAAAUUUAUCUCCUCAACAACAACAGCAAAUUCAACAAAUUUCUACUAUGAUUAGAAGUGCUCCAAUACCUCAAGCUUUAUUGGCAAAAUUACCUAAUUUACCUCCAAAUGUUAAUACAUGGAAUCAAAUUUUUGAAUUAUAUUCAAAGAAAAUGUUACCUGCAUCAAGUAUGCCAUUAGUUAAAGAAAUCCAUAAUACCCAUUUACAAUUAGCUUUACGUCAACAUCAACAACGUAAACUUUCCCAACAAGGUCAACCUCAAAGUCAACCAAAUCCAACUAUACCUCAACAACCUACUCAACCUCCUCAACCUCAACAACAAAAUCAAAGAGGUAGUUUUAAUAUGAAUAAUUUAACUCCUCAACAAAGGCAACAAUUGUUACAAAGACAACAACAACAGCAACAACAGCAACAACAACCAAAACCUCCAGUUCAACAACCACAAUCACAACCACAAUCACAACCUCAACAACCAUCACAGCCAGUUGGUGCAAAUGUUAGACCUCCGAAUUUUCAAAUUACUCCUCAAGAUAUUUUGAAAUAUAAUUCAGAAGCUAUGGCAUUGUUGAACAGAUUACAAGCAAGUGGAUCUAUUCAGAGUAAUUUGGAUAAUAAUCAAAAAGAUGCCUUUAUCAGGAAAUUCAUUCUUCAUCAAAAAACAGCUCAAUGGAAACAAGAAAAUGGAGUGGGUAAUGCUGCUAAUGCUAAUGCCAAUAAUAACAAUGUUAGGAGACCUCAACAACUGCCAUUAUUAAACAAUAAUCAACUUAAUAAUAAUCAAAUUCCUAGUCCUAUGAUGAAACAAGGACAAGUGAAUCUCACAUCUCCUGUAAUGAACCAAAGACAACCAGUACAACAAACACAACCUCAAAGACCAACAUCUCAACCAGCAAAUGCUCCAAUUAGACCUGGAAGUGGAGGACCUAAUAAUUUACCAACCUUGACUGAAGAUAUGAAGAUUCGUUUAAGACAAUUGAUUGAGGAAGUUUCUCGUAACCAUGUUAAUUUAAAAGAUGUUACUAACGUUCUUUCACCUCAAGAUAAAAAUCUUGUUAAAGAGACUAUGCAAAAAGUAUCUCAACAAUAUUCUACUGUUGAUAGUAUCAUAAGUUAUUUCUUCAUUUUGACGAAAAAUAUUGAAGGUACUAAAAGAUUAAUUCAAAUGAAAUACAUGACUAAGAAUAUUAUGGAAAGUUUACAAAGAGGAAUCUUUUUAGCUACUCCAGAUUUAACAGAAAAGUUAAGAGUUCAAUAUGCUAAAUAUUUUGAUUAUGUUCGUGAACAAUUCAAUAAUAAGAGACAACUGAAUAAUGUUAAUCAACCAUCACAACCAAUGAGUCAACAACCUUCAGUUCAAUCACAGAAUAAUAUGAGAUUACUUGCCAACAGCAACCCCAAUCAAAAUAAUUCUAAUGUUAAUUUGGGACAACCAACUCAAUGGCCUAAUAUGUCACAACCAAAUCAACAACAAAGAAUGAGUAGUCCAAUAAUGGCCAAUUCUCCUCUAAUUAAUCAAGCACCCAAUAGUCAACCUAUUAAUAAUAGGGCUAAAGUACCAGCUAAAAGACCAUCAAAUAGUGCUCAAGGUGGUAGAAGAAAAUCCACCAAAAAUGCCACAACACCUUCAGCUGGUGGUAAUACCCCUGCUUCAAUGGGUAAUACUGUAAAAACACCUAAUUCAAUGACAACUCCACAAGUUAUUGGAACUCAAAGUAAUAAGAAUACUCCAAGUGAUCAAUCGCCUAAUUAUAGUACUAAAAUAGUUGGAGGUAAAUUAAAUGAAAAUACCAUUGGAGAUAUCUUUGGUAAUGAUUCAUCAGAAGAUGCAGAAUUGAAAAAGAGAAGAGAAUUAUCAACCAAUGACCCAGAAAAAUUCUUCUUUGCUUCAUUAUCCAAUCUUUUAGAAUUAGAUGAAGAUAAAGGUAUGCCAACUCCAGCAUCAACCAAUUCAAAGAAUUCUUGGACAUCUCAAAUUAAACCUGAAGCCAUUGUCACUGCUUUCAAACAAGUUAGUAUCAUUAAAGAAGCCACAUCUUUAGAUAUUUUAAAAGUCUGUGAAACUCAAGAAACUCCUAAAGCUGAAAAAGAAGAUGUUGACCUCGAUUUACUUUUUGAUGAUAAAAAAGUCCAACCGGAUGAUUGGUUGUUCAAAGAAAUUGAUUUAGAUACUUGGAAAGAUAACUGGAGUGAUAUUUUUAUUAGUAAAAGCCUCGAUGUAGUGUAG